AUGGUGAUCACGAUGGGUGUCAUGAGCAAGGAUCGACAGUGGUUACCACGAUCGGAUCAUAAUAGAGUAUCGUGGAGCUUUGCGUUUGCUGUGAUUGCUGGUUUCUUCACAGUCAUUUGUCUUUUCGGUCUGGUGACGCAUUACCUGUCCGUGGAGAGUCGAAUAAUGAUGGAAGAUCCUUCUGUUCGACAGAAACUACUCGGAUCCGAGACCAAGUACGGCUACGCGAAAUCGAUAUCCGGUUUCGAGGCGGGUGCCGGAACCGAGUCACGUUUAGGCGGUGUCCCAUCCCUGUUCACCAUGCCUGUAACCGGUUCACAACUGGCUCCGGGAAGUGCCGGGGUCGGAGCGGGCACGGCAAGUCAUCUGAGCCGAGCCACUGUCGCACCGGGGGCAGUGGGUGCGACAACUGCGGGAACUUCGGCCGCCACGGUCUCGGCCAAACUGCGGGAGACAUUGGAAGCUCAACGUGCUGCCGUUCUGGCUGCAAAUGCUCGAGCAAUCGAAACUGGUCUGCCGGUCACCGGUGCUAUUCCACAAUCAUCCGGCUAUUCACCAUCCAUUUAUCAAACUGGUGUACGUACAGAGCCGGGAGUGACUGGUUCGUUGACCAGACCGAUGCCGCACACCGGAUCGAUGAGUCAUUUACAGCCAACGGUCGCAAUGGAUUCGACCGUAUAA